CGACUACACAUAUGAUAAAGAUCUUGAUAACAUCAGUUAAUUGACAUAGUACAGUAAAAGGAAGAGGCUGGAAUUGCCAAGCCUCUUUUAUGUUCCACAUGUUCUAUUGUUCUCGAUUGUUCUUGUUGUUAUAUAUUGAGUAAAUCACGAUUAUGGCGAGUAAUAGCGAAACAGGAGCUUCAGGACGAUCAGGGACUCGUAUCAGGAUGACUUUCAACAUAGAGUUUCAGUCUGUGGCAGAGAAAGGUGCCUUUAGUCGUCGUUUAGAGGAUGUUCGUUCUUUGCUAUCUAAGAAUAAGCUAGACAACUUUGGUCUGAUGACAGCCAUGUUUGAUGUAGUUGAAGAUAGCUUGAUGCAUGGCUCUUCUCAGUCUCCUGCUGGUAUUGGGAGAAAGAGAAGUGAGGAACAUGAAGGUAGUAGUGAAAUACAGUCUUUUAAUCGCAAUAGUGGUGUUUUCACUGGUAAUGAUAAGGAUGAUGAUGAAGAUGCUUUUCUUGUGGAGAACUACUGCCUCAAUGAUUUGGUAGAAGGUUUAGUUACACCUUGUUGCUGUGGCAAAUCUUCUAAUCCAUGGAUGUUUGAGUCGAUUGUAAAGAGAGGUCACGUAGCUAGAUUACUUUUUGUUUGUUGGUGUUGUCAACAACAGAAAAGAACUUGGUCUAGUUCUCGUGUUUUUGGCGGACAUUAUUUGUUAAACCAGAAGAUGAUUCACAGUUUUACAUGUGCUGGCAUGCUACCAACCCAAUACAUCAAAUUUUGCCAAUUUGCAUGUAUUGGUAACGUUGGACACCAGUAUAUCUGGAAAGUAUACAACAAGUGUGGGUUUAUUGAAGUAGUCAAUGGCAUGGCUGAAGAUGUAAUGAUUGAUGCAGUUGAAGAAGUGAAGCGUCAACCUAGUUACAAUUCAAGUGGGGAAUGGGUGAUUACUGAUGCUAGACACGACUCCACUGCUAAUGCUUUUUAUACUACUGUGCCAUGUCUUUCUGGAAGUACACACAAAGUACUUGAUAUCGCAACUGUGUCUCGAGCAGAUCACAGCAUUGCUCAGACAAGAGAGGUAGCUUGCACUAAGGUAGUGUUACAUAAAGUGAUAAGUAAAGGUGUCAAUGUUGUAGAAGUGGCCCAUGAUAUACAGCAGCAAGUAUCGAAUUAUAUCACAAAGGACCUCAAUUUGAAAAAUUCGUUUGACACUUGGCAUGGUUAG